AUGGUUUAUCUCAAGACAGUUACCUACAAGGGUAAGAACCGUGCAGCCUUGAACGAAAAACUCACCCCGCGGUACGUGGGACCGUACCGGAUUUUGGAAAGAAUCGGACCAGUUGCUUACCGGUUAGAGUUGCCACCGGCGAUGGCUGCAUUUCACAAAGUGUUUCAUGUGUCCAUGCUAAGGAAAUGCAUAACGCACCGGGAGAAUGUUACCUCCGAGCCUCCACCAGAUUUACAAGAGAAUUUGACUAUCAUUGGGAUACCAGUCCGAAUCAUAGGAAGAAAGUUGAGAACGAAUCAGAAGAAAAAGGUCAAAUUGAUUCAAGUAGUGUGGGAUUGUGAUGGAGAAGAAGAAACUACUUGGGAACCAGAAGAGGUGAUGAAGGUAAACUUCAAGAAAUGGUUUGAGUAG